AUUUCCACAUAAGACUAGCCGUUACGCUCCUUUUAUAUCUUAUUUUUUCGAGUUAUAUUCUUUUCAAUCAAAAACCCUAAGCGACGCUUCCCGAUUUAAUUUGCUUUCAAAUCACAAAUCUUUUUUUUUUUGGAUUCAUCGUCUCUGAAUCGUUUCAAUGGCUUCCAAGACAGCAGCUGCUAAAGACAUCAUCACACUGCAUGGAUCUGCCGCCAUCGUCAGCGAGUUCUUCUGUUACGCUGCCAACAGUAUACUGUACAAUCGAGCAGUAUACCCAGAGGAAAGCUUUGCGAAAGUGAAGAAGUAUGGUCUUCCCAUGUUGCUUACUCAAGACGAAUCCGUCAAAUCAUUCUUGUCCAAUCUCACUUGUCAGAUCUCCGAGUGGCUUGAAGCUGGGAAGUUGCAGAGAGUGGUGUUGGUGAUAAUGAGCAAAGCGACGGGUGAAGUCUUGGAGAGGUGGAACUUCCGUAUUGAGACUGAUGCUGAAGUUGUUGAGAAAGGUGUGUCGAGCGAGAAGAGUGACAAGGAGAUCAUGAGGGAGAUCCAAGCUAUCAUGAGACAGGUUGCUUCCAGCAUUACUUACUUGCCUUGUCUUGAUGAACCUUGCGUGUUUGAUGUGUUGGCGUAUACGGACACGGAUGUGGCUGUUCCGUUCACAUGGGUCGAAAGCGAUCCGAAGUUGAUUGCUAAUCCACAGAUGGUUAAGCUACACGCUUUUGAUACCAAGAUUCACAAAGUGGACACCCUCGUCUCAUACAAGAACGACGAAUGGGAUGAAGAAGAGUAGUAACACCAAGUCUCUUGCUCUGCCAGCGUUUUCCUUUUCUCAUGUUCUUGAAUGUCAAAGUGAAUCCUUUAUUCACCACCUAUGUUGUUUUCUGUUUUUCUUCUUUCCGGAUUGUUUCGAGAAUAAUAAUAUAAACCUUUGUUGUUUA